UAGGGAAAAGGUUCCGGUGGUGUGCGAGAGGGACGGGGAUAGCGGCGGUCGCGGCGCGAUCGUCAGUUGUUGCUCGGGUGUCGAGCGCGCGUUGCGUGCGUACAGCUCCCCGAUUCUUCGUACAGUCGAAAAUUUUGUACACUUAUCAAUUUUUCAGAGAAAAUUUGGUAUUGUCGUCGUUUCUGUGCUCGGAGUGUUGUUGUUGUUCGGUUGUGCACCGGUAAAGUUUGUUUUUGGAGUAACUACCGCUGUUGUUGUCAAAGUUGUGUUGCAAUUUUUUGCAGUUAAGUUUUGUGAUUUUAGUUGUGUUGUUUUUUUGUUAACUUUGCUCAAGGAAAUAUGUAGAUAGUCAAAGGCAUACAGAUUUUACUCUCCUAAAACAUAAAAACCAUGUCCAUUGACCAGGCAUCGCCAUUGGUGCCGAUCAAACCCCAGGUGACGCUACAAAACAGCGCAUUUAUAAAGAACAGUCACAACCGAAGCAGUUUCUGUGGAGUGACGCCUUCGCCGACCAAUGGCAAUGGCACUUUCAAAACGUUCUCCGUGAACAGGAAGAGCUGGAGUGGGAACGUGACGCUUCCACUCCAGCAGUUCAGCACUCCCCAGGCGGAGCAGCCCCCGCAACUUGCGACAUUCAGAUCCGGAACCGGGACAUUUCCGAGGAACCGGGAACGAAACAACAACUCCAACAGUGUGCCGAAUGGCAUACUAACGCCGAACGGUAACUCUAUUCAGACGUUCAAAGGAAAUGAAGUGAGAAGAAGCGGAUGUGCAAAUGGCCGGCGCUACGCCGAAAUCGGAAACUGGAGUAAAAGACAUGCGUCAUUCCUGGAGCCGCACCUGCAAGGCGUGAGGCGCCGGGACAGCCGCAGCUCCGACUCGGACCGCGAUGAGAGAUCAACUGAAGAUGACGAGCGCUCCCUCCUGCGCAGCUCGCCCCCCACGCGGCUGCCGCCCCCGCCGCCCCCGCCCCCCGAUGACGAGCCGCCCCCGCUGAGACCCCGCGAGUUCUUCGAGAGACUGCAACACCAAGCCAUGAGGGAAGCGCAAGAGAAACGGCAAAGACCCAGAGACCUGGCGUUGAAGGAGAGGAGCCUGUUCAGAACCCUAGACACAGACGGCAGCGUCGGUGACAGCCUCAGUCAGAGUCGAGAAAGCCUAUCAUCAGACGAGGAAGGCGCGCGGGGAGACUGCUCCUCAGUAGGCUCCUCAGUGUCGGGGUACGAGGAGCAGCCUCCGUGCGACAUCGGCACCCUGGAGCGGCUCAUCCGGACGCACCCGGUGUGGUUCCUGCCCGGCAUACAGAGGGCUGGUGCCUUCCAUUUGCUGCAGGGGAAAGAGGAAGGGAACUUCGUGGUCCGCCAGUCCAGCCAAGCGGACACGAUGGCGAUCAGCGUCCGCCUGCCUCAGGACAAGGGUCCCUACAUCGAGCACUACCUCAUCCAGGCGGCUGACGGCAAGAUCGGGCUGGAGACCUCGCACAACCGCUUUGAUAACAUCCCCGAGCUUAUCGCGCACUACUCGCAAUGCUGUGACGAGCUACCAGUCCAGCUGCAGCUACCUCGUCCGCUCCGUGAAGCCAAGAGUCGCCACCAGCUGAGCUCACUCGCUCUUCUCGGCCAAGAGUUCUGGGGCUACCCGAUGGCGAACCCAAAGAACAACCCUCCGAGCGCGCUCUCUCCGUGCCAGCUGGCCAACGGCAUCGUGCCCAUGGCCGUCACCCCCUCCGAUACCGGAUCUAGUCUUAGCAGUUUUAACGCAAGUACCACAGGAACAAACUCUCAUCAGAUAGUUAGCCCGGACAAAGAUGAUGUUGUGCUGAAAAUGGCUCCAAUUGAGACGUCGGGCUCACCGCCGAGCCAGAAACUCAGUACUUUCAAAGGACGGACGGCCCCUUCGCCUCCAGCCAAACCUACAGGCAACUUAGUGAGAGCGCCUAGACCCACCCCACCAAAUACACUGAACCUUAUGUCUAGCACCGCGCAUAUAACACAGCCACACACAUUUCCUACGUCAAGCACGCAACACUCCCCCACCCAAUCAAAUAGCGUUAAAUCCACCCCUCCCCCACCGCCUCCUCGCUGGGCCAAACCACCUUUUUCCAAAGCAUCCGUGUCCCCUAAUGGCGAAGUUUUCAGUCCAAUUAACAAAGUCUCUCACAACGGAAACAUAACUGUAACGACAACAGUCACAUUCAGCGUCAAUAACACUCAGAUCCACAAUCACCAAAUAAACGAGAGCAUACAGAGUGAACGCUUGCAACUAACGCUUGCGGCUAACAACAUGAACAAUAACAAUGCGAGCUCGAUGUUCAAUCUGACAGACACGGCGAAAACAUAUGACUCUUACGACGAAUCACAGAACUUGAUGCACCGUCUGUCACCAGAGGGAGAGUGCAUCAAUGCAAUGACAGCUAGUAUACAUGGCAGCUUCAAAAGACAAAUGACAGAGCAAAACGCUACGGACCUCAACUCACCAAUGGACCCGCAAUCUCAAAACAAUUCUGAUUCAAUCGAUCCAGUCAAUAACAGUUUAACAAAAUCCAGUAGCUUUGCACCGCACCAAUUGGUUUCUCCCAACGGAACAAAUUCCGUUACCAGUGGAAUUUUCUCUCCAACUAGUCAAAUCAACUCUCCUGUAUCUAACGAUACAAUAUCAUCAAAGAGCGGAGUUUUUUCCCCAAUCAGCCAAAAUAAAAGUGAACUUUUCUCACCGUUAUCUCGGAGUUCCCCAUUAUCAGCAAAAAGCGUGUUCUCACCUUGUUCAAACAACUCCUUAGUUUCCCCUUUGAUUGGCAAAGAUCGAGACAAAUUGUUGUCACCGAAUUCAAAUAGUACAACACCUUCGGGUAGAUCAAGGAGGAGUAAGCACUCCCAACGAAAGGAAUCUAAACAUUAUCAGGAAUCCGAUAUCCUUGAAUCUCCAGGCGUCUAUUACAGAAGCUCUCUAAUGGAUAAAGUGUCUGAUUACGAAGAUAUUUGGGGUCCAGAAAGCAACAACUGCUCAACUUUCAAGCCGCUUCGCUCAGAAAAUAAUAGCGAAAAUAAUUUGAGCAAUGGACUCAUGAAAAGCAAACGACCAGACCUUUUGCCAGAUACUUUACCGAAACUGAAUGCCGCCAAAAGUACACAAUCAAUACUGGAGAAAGAAAAUGUGCACAUUAUAAACUCGAAUGACAGUAUCAACGAAAAGAAAAACUUUUCAGAUAGCUCACUGCAGAAAAGCCUCAACAGUUCAACUGAAAUCAUAGCCACAACGAACAGUAAAGGUGAUGUUGUUCCGAAAAGGCCAGAUAAACUCAACAUUUCUGUCAAUAUGAACAAAAAGUUAUCGGAGGAAAUUGAAGCAGUAUUUAGAAACAAGGAGAACGUGAAUACAGAAAGUAUGGAAACAGUCAAAAUUGAAGAUGACGAUUGUAUCAAAGACCCUAUUGAUACUGAUAAUGAAAAAGAUCACGCUGGUAGUCCUUUCUAUGCUGAUCCUGUAGAUACUCUCAAAGAAGCUGCCCAGUUACCAGUCCAACGACGAAAGUUGCUAAGGGUUGGGGUGAGCCUAGCGCAGCGAUAUUCAGAGCCGCCAAAUCAAAAUCACCCUUACUAUCCUCUACGAGACAUGCACAGCAUUGAAGAAUUGUCUCCAUCGUCGCCAAAUACAUCAUCUUCAGUAGAUAACCUAAUAUCGUUACGAAGUAAGCCGAAGAUGAAGCCAGUGCAGCCGCCGCGAGUCACUAACAAGCCGCCGCUGGGGAAAGACGCUACUUGGACCGUAGAUUCCAGCUGGGAGUUUAUAAACAAAAACGACGAAUGUUCAAACAGUGAGAGUGGCACGUUCCCGUCGCUAGUGGAACAAGAAUCUAAACUGAGCGGAGUGGAUGACGGCGGCCAACACCUUUCAGUCCAUCAAAUUGUUGCUCAAAGGUUUCCGGAUCUCCGGUUGAACCCUGAGCCGGCGGCGUUGCCGGAAGAGCGGUCCCCGCCGCGAGCCUCGUGCUACGACAACGUACACGACCUCAGACCGCUAUCUGAACAGGCAAGUGACGAUGGAACGGUAUUCUCUGAACCUUGGGACAGUUCGCAGUGGGACGGGCUGCUUCCACCAGGCAACGGAAACCAACCGUACGAUGCUGAUGAGCAAAACGACUGGGACUCUCCUCUGCCUCGGCGAGCGCCGGCCGUGGCGGUCCGGGCCAAGAGCUUCCGGGAUCGACUGGAUCCUCUGCUAGCGGCGAGCCGGGUGCGGGCGCUCCGCGGCAACCGCACGGCGCGCGGGGGCGCGGGCGCGGCGCUGCGGGCGUAUGCUCUGCAUCUCGCGCAGGACCAGAGCACCACGUUCGCGCAGAAUGUGGAGAACUUCAUCGCUUGCACUCUUGACUCGAAGGAGGUUUGCCCGCAGAUCGUAAUGCGUAACAUCAGACAGUUCAUGUCGGGCAUGAAGAACUACCUAGUGAAGCACGGCGAGAGAGAGUUCGAGAAAGAAGUCGAGAAGGAAAGACUAAAACUCAAACCUACCGAGUUUCUCAACCUGGACGCUAUACUGGAGGGAGUGAUGCAUCGACUAGUGGUUAGGCCGCUGCGGUCUAGGUUGUAUACGCUGUUGGCGUCGUGGCAUGCGUCGGAUGUGAGGCAGCUACACGCGGCUAUAGAGCGGGCGCAGCAUGCCACGCCUUUACAACUUGGUGUUAAGGAGUCAACAAAGGUUCCAUCGUCAGCUGUCUUAGCAGUGAUCUCAAAACAUUUCCUCAAAAUGCAAGAGGCUGACUCGCCAUUGGAUAAACUCGAGAAUCUCUUAGCUGCUAUUUCCGUUAUAUUUAAUUCGAUCCGCGGUGAGCGAGCUCUAGGCGCGGACGACCUGCUCCCAGUGCUCGCGUGGACCGUGGCGCGCUGCCGGCUGGUCUGCGCGGAGCUGGAGGCCGAGCUGAUGGCGGGCCUACUCCCGGCCGCACUGCUGGCCGGCGAGGGGGGCUACUACCUCACCGCGCUGUUCUCUGCCGUGGCCGUGCUGAAGAAACUCGCGCCGGACCCUGCGCCUGAUAGUAUGACUCCGUGGCGUCGCGGCUCGCUCGAAAGCUCUUCCUCCUCCGGCGGCUGCGCCGUGGUCCGCGUGGCUCUGCCGGACGAGUGUCGCGGGUCCAUCCGGCGCGUGGCGCUCCCGUGCCGGCCCGGCGCGCGCGUCCGGGACCUGUGCCGGGCGCUGGCGCAUGCCGCCGCCAUUACCAACCCGCAGGAUUAUGCGCUGUUCGCGCUGCAUGAUGGACAAGAAACCAUGCUGAACGAAAGUGAUUGUCCACAAGAAGUCAUGUCUGAGAAGAGUGGACAGAACUUCAUCCUUGCGUACAAGAGGAUAGAUGCUAAAAUCGCUUGGCCACAGCAGGCGCUUCUAUCGUUACCGUAAUGAGAAGAAAUCAGAAAUUAAAGGAGUUGUGAAAACAGUGGGCUUUUAAAAACGUCAUCACAAAAUGUAUAGUGGGUACAUUCUGAAGGUACUAAAAGGCCCAUAAUUAUUUAAGUGCAAUAUGUAUGCACACAAAACUGAGAUUUUUACUAUAUUUUUAUCAUGUAAAAUGAUAUUUUCUAAGAUGUGAAACCCAGAUUGUAAGGUAACUUCGCUUUCUAAACAGGCUUAACCAUUAAUUAAGUAAGUAAGUACCUAUAUAAUGUAUUUUAAUACUACUCAACCAGAAAACACAAUGUCAUUUUCUAUAAUAUUGUAGCUUUUCUACCCAAUAAACUUAGUAGCCAUGUAAGUUUUAAAUAUAAUCUGACUGACUUUUGUAAAUUUCUA